AUGUCGCCAGUACGAACUCAAGAAGACCAGAACAGUGGAGAUAACGAGGCGACAUUCUGGUCUGGGAAAGAGGAUUGUUCAGAGACAAAGACUCAUUCCUAUACAUCCACUGCCAAGCAAGAUGCAGCUCGACAAGCUGACAUACAGUUUCGCCAGAAGUUUGGAGAUGCCGGUCCCCUUGGUCUUUCUGGAUUCGCCUUUGCGACAUUCUUAACAGCCUUGGUCAAUCUCAAUGCUGGUGGCGUCACUGUCCCUAACAUCGUCAUUGGACCAGCUCUGGUUUAUGGAGGCCUUGCUCAAAUACUCUCUGGCAUGUGGGAUAUCGCCAAUGGCAACACAGUUAGCGCUACCAUCGCUUGUUCAUAUGGCUGUUUCUGGAUCUCCUAUGCCAUCAGCCUCAUUCCUAGCUUCCACGUCAGGGAUGCUUACCCCAGCGAUGGCGACUACAACCACGCCAACGGACUAUUUCUUAUGGGAUUCUUCAUCUUCUCAGUCGCCAUAACGUUGUGCUCCAUGAAAUCGAAUGUGUUUUCUCUGACACUUUGUCUCCUUGUCAACUGCACCUGGCUGUUACUCGGCCUAGCCAAUCUCUUCACCGAAGAGUCGGGCGCUCCUAACGACGUGCUCCUCAAGUGCGGCGGUGUUACUGGCUUGUUGGUUUCUUUCACAGCGUGGUAUCUCAUGUAUGAGGGCUUAGCAAACAGGCAGAACAGCUUUGUUCAACCCAUAAAUCCCGAUCUUCCAUGGAACCCAAGCCGACAACCGCGGGCGGCACAAAUCUAA